AUGCGUUCAUGUAGCAAUAGGCGGAUUGCGAUCUUCGAGCUAACCGUCUUCUCAGGUUACAAUAGGCGGAUUGCGAUCUUCGAGCUAACCGUCUUCUCAGGUUUCCCGGAGAUGGAUAGCGAUCUUCGAGCUAACCGUCUUCUCAGAAAGCUAUCUCAGCAACAAACGCAAAAUCGCUCAUUCAUGCUCUACAUUCUAUCGGUACAUGUCAAUACGUUACUACAGCUCUAUAGAGGUUACCAUCUUCAAUGUUACUGCACUCUCAGGUGUACGUCAAGUGCUCAAAGACGAACACCACAAUUCAAUUGCGAUUUUUCGAUGCCCACAUUCACUUCAGGUGCAUUCGAGGAGCAGAAUGAAGCGAUCAGAUAUUUGGAUGAACUGGUGCGAGAUAUGAGAAAAUUGAAUGCGAUUCAGCGAACAUCACCGCUGUUGUUUCUGCAUGCCAGAUACUUGCUUACGACAGAAAUGGAUCGAAUUUGGACAGUGAUCUACAGAAGAAACUUGUAUCAACUGAGUCCAUCAUAUUUAGCACCACAGAAUUAUUAUCCCAGUCGGCAUUAUAUGAGUGAAGAUGAGAUGAUCACAUUACAAGAAAAAGUUGAAAUUCCGCAGAAGACUGGUUACAAUUACAUUUGUCGAAUUUUGGGUCCUCGAGGUAAGACCGUACGAAGACUUGAAGCCGAGACCGGAUGUCAUAUUCUGAUACGAGGAGAGGGCUCGUUGAAG